AGGAAGACAUACUAUUAGAUCUCAAGAGGUAUCUCCGGAAACCGAAGCAUAUAAUAGGGGAAACAAAGUUUGAUAAUGAUGAAGGAUGACCGAAUCUAUGACGUCUUGUUUAGCCUCAAGUUCACAUCAAAGCAGUUCUCAAAAAGCUCUAAUCUAGCGGAAAAGGAUAGCGAAAAGGAAAAGAACAAGGUCAAAAAGGCUAUUGAAAAGGGUAAUACAGAAGCCGCGCGCAUCUAUGCAGAGAACUCUAUUCGAAAACACAACGAAAGCCUCAACUAUCUUCGUCUUGCCUCCCGAAUCGAUGCAGCGUCGUCGCGUAUCCAGACAGCAAUUCAAAUGAAGGAAACGUCAAAGUUAAUGAAGAGUGCUGUGAAGGGUAUGGAGAAAGUUAUGGAGUCAUUGGAUCCCAUGAGGAUCACAAAACUCAUGGAUGAGUUUGAGAAGCACGUAGGAACCCUAGAGAUCAACACUGGAACCAUGAAUGCUGCGUUUGAAAGCACUUCGGCAGGCGUCAUCCCGGCUACUCAGGUGGAUACUUUACUAGCGCAGAUCGCCGAAGAAAAUAAUAUUGAUAUCAGCACGAAAAUGUCUAAUGGUCCAUUGGAUUCUGGAAUACGUGAACAUGCAUCUGCUUCUCAACUUGCCGAGGACGAUAUCGAGAAGCGCUUGAAGGCGUUACAAUCGCUUUGAGAAAAGCAUGUUGUUGUGUUCAAUGAGAGGUUGAAAGUCGGGAGUAGCCUUUAGAAGGUGAAGUUCUUUUCGCUCAAUUUUUCCUAUUCUGUCCUCAUCCUAAUAUGAUCCCCUAGGGGAGUUUUGUAAACUCUUAUGUUUUCUGUUGCGUUUGGACUUUUUCUUUACUCAUUGCACUGAUUUAGUACUCGUCAUUUAUUUUCCUUCUGUAUAAUGACACUUUGGUCAUAUCAUUCGAGAAAUGCG